UAUUUUGAAGGGUGUGAACCCGGAAAAGGUGUCUAAUCAGAAACAUGGCGGUGCCUGGCAACAACAGAUCAGGCUGCUGGGGCGGUCCAGAUGUUUAUAAACACCACGAACAGAGGAAGAUAUGCAUCUCUAGACCUAAAUAUAGAGAGGGGAGGAAAUCGAAAGCUGUUAAGGUGUACACCAUCAAUCUAGAGUCCCGUUACCUGAUGGUGCAAGGGGUGCCAGCCAUCGGAGUGAUGACAGAGCUGGUCCAGCUGUGUGCCCUGUACGGAGCUGUGGAGGAGUACAGGCCGCUGGACGAGUACCCUGCUGAGGAGUUCACUGAGGUCUACCUGGUCAAGUUCCAGAAACUCACCAGCGCCAGAGCAGCCAAACGACACAUGGAUGAGAAGGGUUUUUACGGUGGUGUGCUGCAUGUGUGCUACGUCCCAGAAUAUGAGACGGUAGAAGACACCAGGCUGAAGCUGCAGGACAGGAGGAGAUAUAUAGUCAGGACUGUUCAGAAUAUAGCAAGAGAAAGAGAAAGAGAACAGAAGGAGGCUGCAAACGAGGAACCCACAUCAUCAGACAAAGCCACCACAUCAGAGAGGGUCACCACCAGACAUGAUAAAACCUCUGACAAUGAUAAUAAACGGAACACUUCAAACAUCAGCCAUUAUUCAGGCUUUCCUCUACUGCCAUUACCUCCCCAAGAAUAUCAUUACUACAGCAGGCAUAAAAAUCAGCAUGGGACUAUACCAACUGAGGACAAAAUGGGGACAUUACAUAAUGCCAUCAUUGACACAAAACAGCAGCAAGCACAGAGUUCGAGCUCCAGCCAAACCUCUUCAGGCGGAGACCGAGGCACAGAACACAGACUGACCUCAAAUCAGUCCUCUGCAGCUGCCAGAUUUGUCCCUAGGACCACACACUUGGAGAACAGGAAACGCAAGAAGGAAGAUGCUGCAGAGCCCUCAAUGACUGAUGUUACUAGAAACAAUGAGCCACUUAUUGGGCCAAAGCUGCCAGAACCUCCUAAACUGGACAUGGAGGAUGCGUCUCUGAACACAACUGUAAACCUGAUCAGGAACACAAUGAAAAAGGUGGAAUCCGUUCCUGACCUCAAACCAGUGGAGAAAAAGAUGAAACCACGUCGUCGGAUUUGAUUAAGCGAGCUGUCUCGAUGCUGGAAUUUAUGCAGAGAUUACUACUACUACUUUAGAAAAUGACCAUUAGUUCCUCUUGCCAGUUUGUUUUAUUUACAAAUGUUGCACCACAAUGCAAGCAGCUACUAACAUUUGUAUUAAAGACUAUAUUUCUGGAAAUUAA